AUGGCAUCCGAAUCCAGGCUCUACCAGAUCUCUGGCGAGACAAAGUCCCAUUUGCUCAAGUUUCGCUUGACGACAUCUCGGGCCAGCAAACCUCAGGCGGUGAUAUAUCUGAUUGAUAAAAACACUCACGAAAUCCGCCAAGAUGACGACAAGACUGUAUACACCUCCCUCGACGAAAUAGCCGACGACCUCCCCGACAGCACCCCUCGGUUCAUCUUCCUGAGCUAUCCUUUGACGAUGCCCGAUGGACGGCUAUCCGUGCCUUAUACCAUGAUCUACUACCUCCCCAUCAACUGCAAUGCGGCAACAAGGAUGCUCUACGCCGGCGCAAAAGAGCUGAUACGCAACACGGCCGAAGUGAACAAGGUUAUCGAUAUAGAGUCUGCAGAGGAUCUGGAAGAUAUUCCAAAGCAGUUAAGCGGAUAG